AAAAGAGGAAAGAAUUUUUUAUUAGGAGGGGAAGUUACGAUUUAAAAAGAAAGAGAAGAAAAAUCCAUUUUUGACUUUCCAUCAUUGGCAUCGAAAUUUUGUUCGAUCAUCGAUAAUAAUCGAUAAUUCUGAAGAUCGAAAGCAUCCUUACAUCCCAGUAAAGAAAUGAAUUCUCUGCGAUCAACCAGGAAAUUUAUUUUUCUCUUGUUGAUUUCUGUUUUUCUCAUUGGAUUUAUGUACCAAUACAAUGUUCCAACUUGCUUAGUGUCAACAAGUUCCCUUAAUUUAAGUAAACAAAAUGCUCUCCAAUCACAAGUGCAACAACCUUCUUCCGGUGGUGAUCCACUUUCAUGGUCAUCAUCAGGUAAACUCUACUCAUCGCUCAUAUCAGAUUCUUCAGCCUCGUCCAGUGACUUGACAGUGACGCCAAUCAACCGGGCGAUUCCACUCAUAUUCAUCGGGGGAAUGCCCCGUUCGGGUACAACUUUGCUUCGCGUCAUCUUGGACGCUCAUCCGGACGUCAGGUGUGGGGAAGAGACUCGGGUAAUACCUCGUCUACUUGGUAUUCGAGCUCAAUGGAUGAAGUCACCCUUUGAGUCGCGUCGACUACAAGAAGCAGGUAUUACCCCCGAAGUCUUGGACAGUGCAAUUUCAGCCUUUAUCCUGGAGAUUGUCGGUAAACAUGGGCCACCCGCUCAAAGGCUGUGUAAUAAAGAUCCGUUUACUCUGCGAUCGGCGGUUUACCUUAAGAAACUGUUCCCCAAUUCAAAGUUUAUCUUCAUGAUUCGCGAUGGACGUGCAGUUGUCCAUUCGAUCAUCACUCGAAAGGUCACCAUUUCGGGAUUCGACCUGACCGACUAUCGUCAAUGUAUGAAAAAGUGGAAUAGUGCAAUGCAAGCGAUGCAUAAUCAGUGUGAAACUUUAGGACCAUCUUAUUGUUUGCCCGUUUAUUACGAGCAAAUGGUGUUACAACCAGAAUUAUGGUUGAGAAAGAUUCUUCAAUUUCUUGAUGUGCCUUGGAAUGAUUCUGUCCUUAACCAUGAGAAAUUAAUCAAUAAACCUGGUGGAAUAUCACUUUCCAAAUUGGAAAGAUCAACAGAUCAAGUAAUCAAACCGAUCAAUGUUGAAGCUCUAAGUAAAUGGGUCGGUCAUAUGCCCGAAGAUGUGGUUCGGGACAUGGGCUCAAUCGCUCCAAUGUUAUCGGUUCUUGGUUAUGAUCCCUCAGCUAAUCCACCGGAUUAUGGUAAACCCGAUGCCUUUGUAGUUAAUAAAAUGAAAGAUCUUUCCCAGAAUCGUAAGGAAUGGGAAGAGAAAGAGAAAGAAUUAUUGAAAGUUCGUCAAUCCAUCCAAAGUGAUCUAAUUAAACAGAGAGGUUCAUCUAAAGGUUUAUCAAGGGAAGACUCGGACAAUGAAAUUGGUCAAAGUAUCGGCUAUCGAUUAACAAAGGAACAAUCAUCUUCUCAGAAUAGUUAGCAAUGAAUUAAGAGAAUCAAGUUAAUAUUGUCCAAAGAAACAAUAAUAUCAAGGAAUCAAAAUGCUGGUGAUGAAAGAAACGAGAUGAAAGAAGCAAAAUCGAGAUCAAUAUUUGAAAAUUUAUAUUCUAUUAUACAAUCCAUUUGGUAUACAAAGAUGAUGAGAAGUAGAGGAUGAAGAGAAAAUGAUGAUAAGAUGAUGUUAAUAAUAUUCUCAGUUGAGAGUAGCUAACAAAAGAUAGAAUAGGAUUUUGAGCUUUAAUCUAAAGACCAGAGAACUAUUUUAUCACAUCAUAUGAAUGAAGAAAAUAAUGAUUAAUUUUACUCUCUCAUCAUCGAAACGAUUAAUUUGCUGCUAAAU